UUCUUCUUCUUCUUCUUCUUCUUCUUCAUCGGAGCUUCUUCUUUCUUCUCUAAAAUGGCCAAUGCAGCAUCAGGAAUGGCCGUGAAUGAUGAUUGCAAGCUGAAGUUUUUGGAGCUCAAGGCGAAAAGAACCUAUCGCUUUAUUGUGUUUAAGAUCGAGGAGAAGCAAAAGCAAGUUGUAGUAGAGAAAGUUGGCGAGCCGACACAGAGUUAUGAGGACUUUGCUGCAAGCCUCCCUUCGGACGAAUGUCGUUAUGCUAUCUAUGAUUUCGACUUCGUUACCGAAGAGAACUGUCAAAAGAGCAGAAUCUUCUUUAUUGCCUGGUCCCCUGAUAAUUCAAGAGUCAGAAGCAAGAUGAUAUAUGCAAGCUCCAAAGAUAGAUUCAAGAGAGAGCUGGAUGGCUUUCAGGUUGAGCUCCAAGCAACCGAUCCGACCGAGAUGGGUCUUGAUGUCAUUCGAAGCCGAGUUGGCUGACGUCUAUAUUCUGAUUCGAACAGCCAAUUCAGGUAAAAUAUUAUCCAACUUCCCUACACAUCUUCUUUUCAAAGUGAACGAGUGUCUUGGUCCUGGCUUUGUGGUAUAUAAGUGUUUUGGAUUUAUGUUCUAAAUGGCUUUUUGUAUGGUGUUCGAGCUAAUACGCCUCUUAGUUGUUUGACAACAUAUAUCAUAUAUAUGCAUAAUUUUACUCUUUAGGGAGAUAUUGGAGCAGGAUGGUUAUGAGAUUCCAGCUCUGCUGUUCUGCUUGUACUCCAUAGAUUGAUAUACAAGAGGAGUGAACAUUUAUAUUUGAGCAAAUAUUGAUGUAAUUUUUCUUUUAGUGUUCUUUAGAAAGCAAAAAGAUAUUUAUUUGCUUGGAAGUAAUCAUCCUACUUUUUAGAUUGAACUAUUUUAUUUUUAGUUGAUAAAUUCAUGUUCUGUUUAACGAAGGCUUAGAAAAAGCUAUAAUUAAAUUACCUUAACAGAUGUGAAAUCUAAACUAUUGGUGGAGUUCUAAUAGAAAUAUGAUUUGCCGAA